AAAACAAAUUAAAACCUUAUAUAUUUAUAUUCUCUGUUACUCUUCUCUUCUCUACUCAAUUUUCCUUUUCCUUUCAGACUAAUACAUCCAUGUCAUUUUCCUUACCAGAUACAAUUGCAAGAAUACAAGGAGGAAAAAAAAAAAAAAGUAUCCAACAAACCCCUCUCUCUUACCUUGCCAAACACGCCUUCAUCUUCUCUUUUGUCUUCCUUACACAUAAAUACCUACAAAUCUUUACACACCAUAUAUUUUUUUUUUUCCUUCCCAUCCCUCUCCCUCUCUCUUUUUUUUUAUUCUUGAUUCUUGAUUCUUGUUUCUUGUUUCUUGUUUCUUGGUUCUUGGUUCUUGAUUUUUUAUUCUUGUUUCUUGUUUCUUGGUUCUUGAUUCUUGAUAAUGUCUGCUGAUCUUGAAUUACGCCAAGGUUCGCCGAGAAUUCAAGUUCCUUCUACGAAGGUUGAAACCCUACAAUCUUGCAGUGGAUCCGACGACGUCGAAAUUCGAAGAGAAAAUGGAAACCGCGAUAGUGACUGUGAUGACGGAUGUCGAACUCCGACAUCUGAGGAACACAAGAUUCCUGCCGUUUUAUCUUGUCCACCGGCGCCAAGGAAACCGAGAAGGAUGCCUUCUUGUAAAAGAAAGUUAUCAGAAUUUGAUUUCUUUCAGAUCGUGAAGAGUCAAGAAGUGGAAUCUUUGUUUCGGUCAAGUUUUGAUUCGGUUGCUCCAAAGAGACGGUGCAUGCCCUUGUAAAUGAAACGGCAGCAUAUAAUUACCUUUUACUUCUUCUUCUUCUCCUCCUUCCUUUUUCGUUUGCCACUCUAAAUUUAAGCUAUGAUGAUAUUGCUCUGUAAGAAAUAUGGUUCAUUAAAAAAAGGAAAUGUAUGUAUUACACGCUUAACUGCCAAGACAUGUUGUUAUAGGUAUGCAGCUGCAUACAGUCUCUCUCUCUCUCUCUCUCUCUCUCUCUCUCUCUCUCUUUUUGUGAUAUAUCAGAAAUUUAAUUUCAGAUUG